GCUCCACCCCCUUCCUCAGCUCCGCCUCCUGGCUCCGCCCCAGCCGCGUCCGGUCCGACCCGGCCCAAAAAGCAGAGCUAGUGUAGUAGAAGCUGCAGCCGGGCAGGGACCCCAAGGUGUGCGGUGCGAGCCGGUGGCAGAGCCAUGGCGGGCGAGGAAGAGCGCGGGGACGGGGACCCGGUAUCAGUGGUGACUGUGAGGGUGCAGUACCUGGAAGACACCGACCCUUUCGCAUGUGCCAACUUCCCGGAGCCACGCCGGGCCCCCACCUGCAGCUUGGACGGGGCGCUGCCCCUGAGCGCGCAGAUACCCGCGCUGCACCGUCUGCUAGGAGCGCCUCUCAAGCUGGAGGACUGUGCCCUGCAAGUGUCUCCCUCUGGAUACUACCUGGACCCAGAACUGUCCCUGGAAGAACAGCGGGAGAUGCUGGAGGGCUUCUAUGACGAGAUCAGCAAAGGACGGAAACCCACACUGAUCCUGCGGACCCAGCUCUCUGUGAGGGUCAAUGCUAUCUUGGAAAAGUUGUAUGGCUCCAGUGGCCCUGAGCUCCGCCGAUCCCUCUUCUCAUUAAAGCAGAUAUUCCAGGAAGACAAGGACCUGGUGCCUGAAUUUGUGCACUCAGAGGGGCUGAGUUGCUUAAUCCAUGUGGGUGCUGCUGCUGACCACAACUACCAGAGCUACAUCCUUCGAGCACUGGGCCAGCUGAUGCUUUUUGUGGAUGGGAUGCUGGGGGUGGUAGCCCAUAGUGAGACAGUGCAGUGGCUGUAUACGCUGUGUGCUAGCCUGUCCCGUUUGGUGGUGAAGACAACCCUGAAGCUGCUCCUGGUGUUUGUGGAAUAUUCUGAGAACAACGCACCACUGUUCAUCCAGGCAGUCAACUCUGUGGCUAGCACCACUGAUACUCCUCCCUGGGCCAAUUUGGUAUCCAUCUUGGAAGAGAAGAAUGGAGCUGACCCAGAGUUGUUGGUGUACACUGUCACCCUCAUCAACAAGACACUGGUAGCACUUCCAGACCAGGACUCCUUCUAUGACGUGACAGAUGCACUGGAGCAGCAAGGCAUGGAAGCACUGGUCCAGCGCCUCCUGGGCACUGCUGGCAUCGAUGUUGACCUUCGAACACAGCUUAUGCUGUAUGAGAGCGCCCUGCGGUUGGAGGAUGGGGAUAUGGAAGAGGCUGCAGCUGCGGCCGCUGCAGGAGGCCGGCGAGAACGACGGAAGCCAUCCUCAGAGGAGGGCAAGAGGAGCCGCAGAUCACUGGAAGGUGGAGGUUGUCCUGUGCGUGCCCCAGAACCUGGCCCUACAGGCCCUGCUUCACCAGUAGACCCCACCCUGUUGACAAGCCCUGCCUCCAGCCCCACUGGCCCUGCCUUUGGCCUCCAUACCUCAGUGAACCUCUUUCCUACCAUUUCUGUGGGGCCCUCAAUGGACAGUUCCUGUGAGAGAAGCAUCUACAAACUUCACCAAACUGCUCCCGUUUGCGCCCCUGAGAGCCCACCUGUCCCCCAGUCCCUUACCGGGCAGGCCAGGCUGGAAGCCCGGUUCCUGGAGAAUGUGGCAGCAGCAGAGACAGAGAAGCAGGCUGCACUGGCCCAAGGCCGGGCAGAGGCACUGGCUAUGGCCACAGUGGAUGAGAUUGAUGGAGUCACAGGUACCAGAGAACUGUGGGACUCCCCAGAGCCAGACUUUACACCCAGAACACCCCAGAGCCCUGUCCCCCGAAUCCUGCUCCGGACCCAGCGGAGUCUUGAGCCAGAUUGCAAGGAGGCACUGGCACCAAGUCCCAAGGCUGAGCCCAUCCAAGAGCUUCCUACUCGUGUACCCAAGCUCUGCAUUGGGGACCUGGACUUCUCAGAUCUGGGGGAGGAUGAAGACCAGGACAUGUUAAAUGUAGAGUCAGUAGAGAUUGGAAGAGAGGUCCUAAUCCCACUACCCCCACCUCCCCUGCUCUCUGGAGGCCCUCCACCUCCACCCCCGCCUCCCCCACCCAUCUUAGGCUCCUGCCCACCACCUCCACCUCCACCUCCAGUUGCCCCUAUUCCCCACUCAUCGCCUGAUGGCUCAGCCCUCCCCACCAAAAGGAAGACAGUAAAACUCUUUUGGCGGGAACUAAAGCUGGCUGAGAGCCCUGGGCACUCUAGAAGCCGUUUUGGGCCUUGUCCUACCCUGUGGGCUUCCCUGGAGCCUGUUUCAGUGGACACAGCCCGGCUGGAACACCUGUUUGAGUCUCGGGCCAAGGACAUGCUGCCUUCCAAGAAAGCUGGUGAAGGCCGCCGGACAAUAACCACAGUGCUGGACCCCAAGCGCAGCAAUGCCAUCAACAUUGGCCUAACCACUUUGCCUCCUGUGCAUGUCAUUAAGGCUGCCCUGCUCAACUUUGAUGAGUUCGCUGUCAGCAAGGAUGGCAUUGAGAAACUGCUAACCAUGAUGCCAACGGAGGAAGAGCGGCAGAAGAUUGAGGAAGCCCACCUAGCCAAUCCUGAUGUACCCCUUGGCCCUGCUGAGAAUUUCCUGAUGACUCUUGCCAGUAUUGGAGGCCUGGCUGCACGCCUACAACUCUGGGCUUUCAAGCUGGACUAUGACAGCAUGGAGCGGGAAAUUGCAGAGCCACUGUUUGACCUGAAAAUGGGCAUGGAACAGCUGGUGCACAAUGCUACCUUCCGCUGUAUUCUGGCGACCCUGUUGGCUGUGGGCAACUUCCUCAAUGGUUCCCAGAGCAGUGGCUUUGAGCUGAGCUACCUGGAAAAGGUGUCAGAAGUGAAAGACACAGUGCGCCGGCAAUCACUGCUGUACCAUCUCUGCUCCUUGGUGCUCCAGACUCGGCCUGAUUCCUCUGACCUCUACUCAGAAAUCCCUGCCCUGACCCGCUGUGCCAAGGUGGAUUUUGAGCAGCUGACUGAGAACCUAGGGCAGCUGGAGUGCCGGAGCCAGGCAGCUGAGGACAGCCUGAGGAGCUUGGCAAAGCAUGAACUGGCCCCAGCUCUGCGUGCCCGCCUCACCCACUUCCUGGCCCAGUGUACUCGCCGUGUUGCCAUGCUAAGGGUAGUGCACCGUCGAGUCUGCAACAGGUUCCACGCCUUCCUGCUCUACCUGGGCUACACUGCACAGGCAGCCCAAGAAGUGCGCAUCAUGCAGUUCUGCCACACAAUGCGAGAGUUCGCGCUUGAGUAUCGGACUUGCCGGGAACGAGUACUACAGCAGCAGCAGAAGCGGGCUACAUACCGUGAGCGCAACAAGACCCGGGGACGCAUGAUCACUGAGACAGAGAAGUUCUCAGGCGUGGCUGGAGAGGCCCCCAGUAACCUGUGUGUUCCAGUGGCUGUGAGCAGUGGGCCAGGCCGGGGUGAUGCUGACAGUCAUGCCAGUAUGAAGAAUCUGCUUACCAUCAAGCCAGAGGACACUACACGCAAUCGGCGUAGCAGAGGCAUGGUCCAAAGCAGCUCCCCUGUCACACACACAGCAGUGGGGCCUUCUGUUGUACCCCCUGAGGAGACCUCAGGCUCCAGUUUACCCAGUGACACAUCAGAUGAGAUAAUGGACCUGCUGGUGCAGUCAGUUACCAAGAGCAGUCCUCGAGCCUUAGCUACUCGGGAAAGGAAGCGCUCUCGUGGUAACCGCAAGUCCUUGAGACGGACAUUGAAGAGUGGGCUCGGAGAUGACCUGGUGCAGGCACUGGGACUAAGCAAAGCUCCUGGCCUGGAGGUGUGAGGGGGUUACCUGCAGGUAACCCCUCUAGAUCCCAGCAUAUAAUGCAAGAGACUAUAAAGCAAGAAGGGCCUGAAGCAGAAAUCUGGUUCCAGAAGCCUGUGCCCAGGAAUCAGUAUCUUGAGCAGUAUUAGAUGUGUACGUGUGUAUACAAUAUACAUGUAUGCAUGUGUGAGCUCCUUAACUUGGAACAAAAUAAAGUUUUCCU